GUGAAAGCUCGGUGAACUGAUGGGAAGGAAACCUUGUUGUGCCAAGGAAGGGAUGAACAAAGGCGCAUGGUCUGCAAAUGAAGACCAAAUCCUCACCAACUACAUCAAAACUCAUGGCGAAGGCAAAUGGAGAGACCUUCCUCAUAGAGCUGGGUUGAAGCGAUGUGGGAAGAGUUGCCGGCUCCGGUGGCUGAAUUAUCUGAGGCCGGAUAUUAAGAGAGGAAACAUUUCUAUUGAAGAAGAAGAGCUCAUUAUUAGACUACACAGGCUCCUUGGUAACAGGUGGUCUCUCAUCGCCGGCAGAUUACCGGGACGAACGGACAACGAAAUCAAAAACUACUGGAACACAAAUUUGGGUAAAAGAUUGCAAGGCCAAAAGAAAAAUACUUCUCCCAUAGCUACCACAGAAGCUUCUCACAAAGUGAUUCGUACCAAGGCAGUUAAGUGCAGCAAGGCCGUCAACCUUACUCUAGACCUCGAACCCAAAACCGUUAGUCUGUCUUCUUCGAGCGGCAACGAGGACAAUAACUCCAUAGAUUUCUUGAUGGACUUCGACAUCGAUGAACUUCUCUUACCCGAAUAUGAUCCGAUCUCAGAGGUCCGUCAAGUUCAACAAGGUGAUGAAAAUGUCAAUAACGCGAGGUAUGGUGAUGGUUUCGACUUGGUUACGGAUGAAGUGAACGAGCUUCGCAAAUCAAUGGAUGAUUUGAGGGAUGGCACUGCGUUUUCUCGGACAAGUGAAACCUUGGAUCUUCAAAGCCUAGCCUCGUAUCUGAACAUAGAAGAUGAAUGGAUUAACCAAUAUUUGUAGUUUAAUAGUUCUGUUGUUGUAAUAAGAAUUGAGCGUCA